AAGUGAUGGUUACUUUUUUUCUUUGCUUUUAUUUAUUUUUCGACAACUUAUUGCCAAGUUCAACAAAGAGUAAAGUUGCCAAACUUGCAGCAUCACAGACCAGUGCGUGCACAGACUGAUCACAUGUCUUAUCAUGGAAAUAACAGGGACACACAGGAACUAAACCUGUUUUUAUUUCCCUGGGACAUAAAGCCCAGUGCCCUGAGUGAUAAGCACCAUGGCCUGGGAGGCACACGGCGGCAAGAGGGGCUCAUGAUGAGAAACCUCCCCGGGCAGCGUCGGAGCGCAGCGGCUACGUGAGGACAUGAGUGCCCCCAGCUGCACCGGGACGAGCCGAGCCAGUCGUGGCUCAGCCUCGCCGUGACAUGGACAUACCCGAGAGUGUCCUCUGCUCUCUGCGCUGCCGCGGUGCUCCUGCUCCUCACACUGGUGGAGUGGGAUGCGGGCGGAACUAGUGUCUGCGGCUCUGCUUUUCACUGCGCCGUGGAGUUGCUCUCCGCUGCGUGUCACUGCGUCUCCUCUGUUUUCACCCUCCUAUGUGCCUUCUUCUGGCUCUGGCUCGUUCUGAUCCGCUGCGGGCUCUUCCUCCUCGCGGUGUGCCACUUCGGCGAGGCGGCGGCGCAGUCGCUCCUGCUGCGCGGCGCGGAGGAGGAGCUGUCGUCCCCCCGCCGCCACCCUGCUCGUCCUCGGCUGCCUGGGCAGCGGGGCUCUGCUGGUCGUCCGGCCGGGACAGGGAGUGUCCGCGCUCGUCUCCGUUAGCGUCAUCCGGGCCGCGUCCCUGCUGUCUCUGAGCAGAGUCCGGCCCGGCUGGAGACCCUACCUGGCCUACCUGCUGGGGCUGCUGGGGGGGUUCUGCUUGCGAGGUAUGCUGACCGGCUUCUGCCGGCCUCGGGGACCAGCGGGACGGGGUGCUGUGGCUCUGUGACCGGGGCGAAGGAGGAGGACAUCCCUGUCUUCAAAAGGAGACGGAGGUCCAGCUCCGCAGCGGCCUCGGAGAUGAUGGCUCACAGUCAGAGCAACAGCAAGUCCCACCGCCGGACUUCGCUGCCCUGCAUUCCGCGGGACCAGUUGUCAGGCACCAGUGUGGUGGUGGACAUCGCGGUGAUGGGAGAGGCCCACGGUUUGAUCUCAGACCUGCUGGCGGACCCCUCCCUGCCCCCCAACACCUGCAGCUCCCUGAAGGCCGUCAGCAGCCUCCUCAGCACCCAGAUCAACCUGCAGCCUGUGCACCGACACCGCCUGCCCACGGACGCACACAUCUGCUCCGACUCAGAGGACGGGCCUGAAAAAACUGAGCGGUUGGCCAUUCCAAAGCGUCUGAGAAGAAGUCUUCCCCCAGGACUGCUGAGGAGAAUCUCAUCAACCUGGACCACCACCACGUCAGCCACAGGGCUGCCCACCAUCGAGCCAGGGCCUGUACGCAGAGACCGCUCAGCCAGCAUCAGACAAACUUCAGACUGCAAUGAUUUGUGGAACAACCCAUUGAUGAUCACCAUCUCAAAGAGCCGCUCCAUGUCUGCCUCCUGUACUGCCUCCGCCACGUCCAACCACCUGUACAGCAAACCACUGGGAAGACCAGGUACGUGUGUUUUUACGCAUUUCUACWCUCACAAUCCAGCUCUAGUGAUAACUUUACCAACUUUGGAACAAUCUCUUUCAGGUUUCCCUCCCGCCCUCAUAUCACCUCUGGGCUCCCCGUGCUCAUCCCCUCCCGCCCAGGGAACUCCCGUCUCCAGUCCUACCACAAAGACGUGUUCAGUGCAGCUUCCUGAGCCGGCUGAGCCGCAGACAGAGCAAAUACCUGUCUCUGUGGCCCCCAAGAGCCAUCACAGAGCCUUAACUCACAGCCAGAGCGCCCCAAGCUCCACCACCAUUCACUGGCGGCCUCCACCUCUCUGCAGCAGUUGUGGCAGGCCGUUCAACCUUCGGCUCAACAAUGGAGUMGAGGCGGGCAGCAAAGGAGACAGACUAGCCCACCCAGAUGAGCGCGCAGUAGCUUCRUCCGACUAUGACAGCACCUACGACAGCACCUAUGAGACCAACCACAGUGACAGCAGCGACUUUGCACAAAAUGAGGAGGAGGGAGAAGGAGGCAAGAAGCCGCCUGAAGCGAGGGAAGGUUGCAGGGAGUAUCCAGCAGAGGUCAUCGUUCUUCACCCACUUCAGUCAUCGCCAGAGGAUAAGCCCUUCUCUGAGCCGGAGAGUCCGGUAAUGCCAGGGCUGGAGCCCCUGAUGAGUCAGCUCAACAACUGGAACUUUCCCAUUUUUAGUCUUGUUGAGAAGACUCAUGGCAAGACAGGCUGCAUCCUCAGCCAGGUUUCUUUUAGGCUCUUUGAGGACACAGGUCUUUUUGAGACCUUCAGGAUUCCUGUUAAAGAGUUCAUGAACUACUUCCGUGCUUUGGAGAAUGGAUACAGGGAUAUACCAUAUCACAACAGAAUCCAUGCUACGGAUGUGCUGCAGGCUGUGUGGUACCUCACCACUCAGCCUGUGCCAGGCCUGCCCAUCCUGCCGACAGAAAACAGAAUACACACUGACUCGGUGAACAGCAUGAUAUCCGGAGCGUCAGGAUUCCUUCUGUCCAAAAUGAACUCGGUGCUUGAGAAGGGCUAUGGUUCCCUGGCUGGUCUGGUCCCUGCCCUGGAGCUCAUGGCAUUGUAUGUAGCUGCUGCCAUGCACGACUACGACCACCCYGGAAGAACGAAUGCCUUUCUGGUGGCCACGAGUGCACCACAGGCUGUUCUGUACAACGACAGAUCCGUCCUGGAAAACCACCAUGCAGCYGCAGCCUGGAACCUCUUCAUGUCUCAACCCGAGUACAACUUCCUGGUGAACCUUGAACACGUGGAGUUCAAGCGCUUCCGCUUCCUCGUCAUCGAGGCAAUUCUGGCCACCGACCUCAAAAAGCACUUUGACUUCCUCGCAGAAUUUAAUGCAAAGGUGGGCGAUGAAGGAUUAUCUGGUAUCGAUUGGACCAAUGAGAAUGACCGGUUGUUGGUGUGCCAGAUGUGCAUCAAGCUAGCUGAUGUCAAUGGACCACUGAAGUGUAAGGAGCUGCAUCUGCAGUGGACCGAGGGGAUUGUCAAUGAAUUCUACGAACAAGGUGACGAAGAAGCAGCCCUGGGCCUUCCUAUCAGUCCAUUCAUGGACCGGUCYGCCCCGCAGCUCGCCAAGCUGCAGGAAUCCUUCAUCAAUCACAUAGUGGGCCCUCUGUGCUCCUCCUACGACACUGCUGCUCUCAUGCCGGGGCGCUGGGUCGACCCAUCCGACCAGUUGGAUCCAGAGGUAGGAACAGAGGGACAAGACACAGAACAAGAAGAAGAAGAAGAAGAAGAGAACACAGUGGACGAGGAAGCCUCCACAGGUUCUGACGCCUCCCAGCAGCAAGAAAUGAAAAAGGUGCACAGGAGGAAGGUGUUUUGUCAGAUCACGCAGCACCUUUUGGAAAACCACGAGAUGUGGAAACGUGUGAUUGCAGCGGAGGCCUCCGAGGAGGCUCAGGAACAAAGGCCCAACUGCUUAGGCAACCCCUCGGAUCCAAUCACAGCGAUCAAAGAGGAGGAAGAGGAGCAGGCUAGCAAAGAGGAAGAAGAGUCGGGAGACGACCUUGACGAAAGGGAAGAAGUGUCAGCUUUGGAAGAAGAGGAAAUCCUCCCACAAUCAGAGACUUCAGGAGAAAAAGAAGAUCCUGAAUGAGAUUACAAACGUUGACUUCUUAAACCAGGAAUCUGACCUUUGUUUAAAAAUAUUUUGCUUAUACUUUCCGAACUUAAACUCUUUUUAUGGUAGCCAGCACAUCACUUUGACACAACACUGUAGAAGAUGUUUUGGGUGAAACGUGCCUAACUAAAACAGGGUUGGAGGACUGGGAGGUACAAUAAAAAGAAGAAAGACGAGCAAAAGAAGAAGAAGAAGAAGAAACAGAUAAAAAAUGAAAACAGACUGAGUUUGUCUCUAAUUUUAGGUUUAUUUUAAUUUGGAUCUGGUGCCCUGUCCUAACCCAGACCAACCACACUGAUCUGCAGAUUUGCUCCACCAGUUAUUGGCAUUCAGUUAACUCCCACCCCCCAAAAACCCUACAUGCAGCUUCUCACACGAUCAACUUUCAAUACAGCUGAGSAUGUGCAGCUAACUCAUUCUUUAGGACGAUGGUAGGAAAAUCAGGGUAAAUUUGUAGCAGUGUAGAUUAAAUAAGGAGGCCGAGGAGUCCACGGUAGUUCAAAAACCCCUUCCACCAGUCUGUUGAACACACUCAGAUCCACAGCAGACAAGUUCGAAGAAGAAGCCUGUUGCUCAAAAUGCUUUAUUCUCAGAGAAGGAAGACUUAAAAAAAGUAUUUCACACGAAAAACAUUUGAAGUCAUUUUCUUUGCUUUUCUGUUCCUCAGACUCCGCAGCACACCUCCACGUUUCAAAGCUGCACAACUCAGGAAGGCAGAAAUACAAAGGACUUUCAGUGUCCUYGUUGUUUUGCAUGUUGCUGCUUCUUCCUUUCUUUUGUUAGUUCUCUGAGACAUCUGUUUUUGUUGUCAACAGUGCGGUCCUCUUUGUACAACACAAAAAAGACAAAAGGUGAAGCAUACAGUCAUGGGAAAAAGGAAGUCCAUAAUUAUAGGGUUUUACGUAUCAGGAUAAUAAAAGUGGUCUGUCUUUGCCAAAUUCUAAAGGUGAUCAAACCUAACUUCAAGUAAACGAAAAGACAACAGAUUCCACCAUGUCAUUGGUUAUUACACAGAAACAAAUGCAAACAUUGUGUGAAAAACUGUACGUCUCAUGGUGGAACAGCUUAUACAACCACUUUCAGWAGCAAUAACUUGAAUGAGUUUUUUGUUUCAGUUUAUUGAGGUUUUAGGACAUUUAUUUCUGCACAGAGGUGCAUCAUUUGAACUGGUCACACGUUGCUACAUUAUUGCUUCUUAUUUUUCAGCAAUUCUGUUGAAGAUUUUCUGCUUUGUUAAGAUUAUUGCCCUGUUUUGUGACAUAGUUUGGACCAAAGCUUCAGCUGUUGGACAGAUGGACUCAUGCUUGGCAUUGGAAUAUUUUGGUACAGAAGAGUUUAUGGUCGACUUUUAUAAAUGCAAGGUACCCCAGGUUCUGUAGCUACAAAACAAGCCUUCAGUCAUUAACCCUCCACCACUGUGCUUAACUGUUGGUAUGAGGUUCUAGUGCUGAUAUACUGCGUUAAUGUUGCCUAACAUUGACACCAUCUGAAAAAGGACUUUGUGAUUUCUUUGAGCAUUGCACUGUCUGAUCUCAGGUUGACUUUGCUGGAACGUUCACUCCUGGAAAGAUGGUAAGCCAUCUUAAGUGCUUUCUCUUGUGAAUUAUCUUUCUCUCUGUCRGAUGAUGGAAACUCUAUUGGAAUUGACGUUUUUCCCAGAUUAAUAAGCAGCACCAGUUGUGUUUUUUAACAGUCARCCAAUGUUAUUCAUCUUUAUGUUAACAUACACCUUUAUGCUUCAGAGCAGGUUAGUAAAAAUCACACUAAUGACAUCCAAUGUGUUUGAUCAGAAGCACCUGGGGCCUCAUGUACCAAAGCUUUCACAGCUUUCAUAGAGGAAGUUGGUGAAGGGACAGAUGCAAAUACUGCAUGUGCACAAAAAUAUUCAGAUUUAUUAAACUGUGCACAAGCAUGUUUCUGUGCACCUUUACUUCAACCAACCCCACAAAUAUGGACCUGAGCGCAGGUGAAAACCCCUUUCCCCUGACGUGCCUUGAAGUAAAUAGGCAAAUAGAUGCUUUAAUGUAAAUGAUCUGUACAAUCAAAAAUAAGGUCUACAUGCAGGGAAAUGAGGAAUUUAUUGUAAUGUGAAUCAGAGACGCUCUUAAAUAAGUGCUUGGGGAACAUAAAACAUAUUUKACACACUGUCCUCUGGUAUUUUUGCCGUGAGCAAAGAGGAGUGACAGAUUGUGUGAAGCUGCAGUUGUCAGAGCAGCGCACACCUGCAGAAGAAGCGAAAAGAUGAAACUGUCACAUAUAACGGUGGGAGUAAAAUAAUGAUGGCUCAAGGCCUCUUAUCCGAUACUAUUGGAGACAGUUUACUGUACACGGAUUACAUUGUUGUAAGACUAUAUUCUCCCAGUAUUUCACAGGCUUGUUUAAAUGUUGUGCAGCAAACUUUAAAGGAGCUUCAA